CCCGCCGCAUACGAGUACGUGAAACGUAGUCCCGCACCUGUGCGAACGCGUGCGGUUCGUUCCGGUCAGUUAGUCGCUCGGCCAGCCUGGUAUCAACACUGUCGUUCGCAGAGUCGCGGUGUCAUACAUGUCGCGUGCGUUCCUCGCGGUGGUGAACGCGGGGCAGUCGCGAAGAGAUGCGGCAAAUGAGGAAGAUGAGGACCGACAGUAGUUGACGAAGUGCGUCCAGACGUAUGUGCGAGACGUAUAUCGAGUAAUCGCAUCCGGGAGAGAGAGCUCGAAUCGCGUUAGAAAGGAAAAAAAAAAAAAAAAAAAAACAACUGAACUGUAUUCGUAGGAAAGAGAAAGAAAGGACAGUGAGGACAGUGUUUCGAUACACCGGGAAAAAUCGGAUGGACCCCCUCGCGGAGGGCGAAAACACGCGGCGGAGGUGAGAGGGAGGAGGGCGGAAGCGUGACGACGGCCGAGAUCGAGCCCUUUGUCCUGUUGUUCUGCCACCGACGUGCGCUUGUCGCUUCCUCCUUUCUCAUCUCGUCCCCGCGGAUGUGAUCCAGGAGACCCAGAGAAGACAACAACUUGGCCCUUGGUCUCGGCAACGGCAAUAACAACAACCGCAACCCCUUUCCGUCCUGAACACCCGGAGCGCAGGCUCGUUUUUUUUUUUCAAGAGACAGUGUUACGCGACGAAAGUCGAAGAUCGCGAACGCCACCAUGAGGAUCAAAAUGCCCGCGGUCAGGAUCGCGCAAGCGGAAACCUCGCAAAGUACCACGUCCCCAGACACCGUCCAAUGCGGGGGCUGCAGGGCGUCCUACCCCCUCGGAGAAAUCGUCCGGUUCAUCGAGCACAAGGUCAACCACUGUCGGAGCACCCUCCAGGGUUGCCACAGUCCACCGGCUACAGCUGCGCCAGAGGAUUCCGAUCCUGAGGACGCUCUCACCCUGAAGACCGCUGAUUCCGACUCGAAACUGAACUCGGUGCCCAGCAUCUCCGCGCCCAUCAACAAGAGGAGCGGCCGACUGGAGAGUCCGCCGACUCCUCAGGGCCCGGGACCGGAUACCGGAAGUCCGAUUGACCUUAAGGCAAGCGCCAGCUCAACGCCAAAAAGACGGACGGAAGCACCGGACGAGGAUAAAGAGGAUCUUCCGAAGAAGCAAAAGACCGAGUUUGUGGACGCCGACACGAACACAAUCAAUUCCGAACCAAGGUGGCUUCAGUGCUCGCAGUGUUCCCGGCGGCUGUGCUCAGCGUGGGAGCUUCUUCAGCAUGUACAGAGCAUGCACGGCGCCCGCCUUUACUGCUCCUCCUCCUCGUCGACGAACUCGUCGUCGAACACUCCGGCGCCUAGUCCACCAACGCCUACGCCGACGCACGCGCAUCAUCUCAGUCCGCCAAAUCAUCUAAAUCUAAGCGGCAAGUCCACUGGAAGUUCCUCGGCGGCGAAUUCUUCCGGCGGGACGAAUACGAGCGGCAGUAGCGGUAGUCGACAGCAGCUCCAGACCUCGUCUCUGGUGGGCGAUCCUCUCCACAGCUUUUUGAGGCUACCCCAACACUUGGAGCGAAGCUUUCCACCUAUGUUUAGGCCUGACUUUCUUACCUUGAACCCUCUGGCGGGAUACAGAGGUCUGCAGGAGCUGCAGACGGCCACGCGGAAUCUACAGAAUUUGGGCGACCCGCUUCGCGGUAUGGACGGUUUGAAUCUGGGGGAUCCACUUGUGCGCAGCUCAUUGGAUUCUCUAAACAACGCCCGGAACCUAGCAAAUUUAGCCGAAUUGUCACACGGUCGCGGCCUCGCGGGCCAAGCACAUCCACCACCACUUGAAGCGAACCUGGAUUUUUACUCAGCGCGCCUAAGGAGCCUCGCUAAUCCGUCCUUAGGCGCGGCUCCACCAACACCUAGCGGUAAUCCCACGACAAACCCUCCUCCUCCACCGGUACCAUCGGUACCGCCAGUCCCCGUCGCCAGUGGAGUUCAGCAGCAACAACAACAACAACAACAACAACAACAGCAGCAACAGCAGCAGCAACAGUCGCAGCAACCACAGUCGCAGUCUCAUUCGCAGUCCGUGGAACCACCUAGUCCGGCAUCGAUAAAUCCCGCAAAUUUAACUCACGGCAGUCAUCAAAAAGAAAAUUCGCCGCCCUGUUAUAGUCAGAGCCCAGUGGGCCAUCACAACAACAAUAAUUCGACCGACAGUGAGAAAACGAGCCCACCGGUAGCUUCAACGCCGAUCAUUACCGAUUCUUCGUCAGAGACGGUAUACACAUGCGAGGUCUGCGACAAGAAGUUUCGUUUCCAAUCAAACUUGAUUGUCCAUCGUCGUAGUCAUCGGGAUAAGGAGAGACAAUAUCAGCAACAAGAAAGCACGCAGGAUGGCCAAAGUACGCCAACGAGAUGCGAAGUAUGCGAGAUUGAGGUGGCGAACUUUACCGAGUUGAGGAAGCAUAUGAGAAAGGAGCAUCAGGAGCAUUUAAACUCGGCCGCCAGUCCUCAGGGCAGCGUCGAAACGGUGCCGGAUGACGGGUCUAGCUGCGGAAACAUGGAUCUGGAUGAGAUGGAGGAGAACGAGCAGAAGGCCGAGCGGGAGGAUGUGGAAGAAAAUACACCGGAAGAUCUGAGCACCACUCAAGGACAGAGCGGCGAGGAGAGCAGCGGCCGGGUGGAGAAACCGGCCAGUUUGGUGGGCGAUCUCAUGGAGAAGUUCGGUCUGAGCAAUAUUGCCCAAUACUCGGAAGCUUACCGGCAAGCUUUGCAAGAGAAUCAUCGCAGUAGUUUUCUCAAAACCGAGUCACCGUGCAACCUCGUUAACUCGCUCAAUAAUAACAAGGAGAAGGAGAGCGCUCUCUCGCCCACAAAUUUUAACUCCUCGACAACGCCGAAUAUAUUCUCCGGCCAGGGAUUUCCUAGAUCCUCGGGGCCCGAUUUCGGGGGCCUUUGGUUACCUAAUCCGCACUACUUGGAGAACAACGAAUUUCGUAAAGCGUCCAAGGCCACGACGUCCACUUUGGCGCUUCAGGGUUUGCCGAGCCCGUUGCUGAAGAAGGAGCGGAGCGGCCGAAAUGACACUUGCGAGUAUUGCGGUAAGGUUUUCAAAAACUGCUCGAAUCUAACGGUGCACAGGCGGUCGCACACCGGCGAGAAGCCGUACAAAUGCGAGCUCUGCUCGUACGCAUGCGCCCAGAGCUCGAAGCUGACCAGGCACAUGAAGACUCACGGCCGACACGGCAAGGAUACGUACAAAUGCCGCUUUUGCGAGAUGCCGUUCUCAGUACCGAGCACGUUGGAGAAGCACAUGAGGAAGUGCGUAGUGGUAGUGCAGCAGGGUCCCAAGCUGGAAAUACCAUAUCCAGUGAUCAAGGAUGAGGAUUCUUCACUUAGCAGUAAGGAUACUUGAUCUUGGAACGGAAGCCUACCGCCGAUCCCGCCGCUGUGGCCGCAUAGGCCGCCUUAUCCGGUAUACUGAAGAUGAGGGAUCUUCCCCUUCAGGGACCUCGAGAUAAGGAGAGACGUUACGAAUAUUCCUGAAUUGCGCAAAGGCCGAGUUGAUCUCACGAGUCGAGAUCACAACGGUGCAACUCAGAAGGAUCUCUCGACACGAAAAUGUCCGAGGUCACCUCUCGGGAUUAGGAGAGGUGGUAGGUCGAUGCGUGAUGUCGAGAACUUCCAAACGGCCUGGAAAAGGUCUAGUCGAAUUGUGUAAAAAGAAAAAAACAUCGAGAAAUCUAGCGAAGAUGAUAAAUCUGGCGAAGCUGGAAUUUCGACUAGUUCGAGGAAGAGGGGACACAUAAUUGUGAGGAUUGGACGCAACGAGAAAGCGACGUCCAGAUGACGCGAGAACAACAAACGAGUAUAACAAACGUAUAUAGUAUAAAGAAAGAAGAUAUUCAACGAGAAAUCCUACUCCGCGUUUAACUCUAUAAAAAAAUGAACGAAUGGUUACCAGUCUGCGAGUCUCAGUACACACACAGCUAUUUAAAUUACAUGUAUCUCUAUAAAUAUAGUUUAUAAAUAACGA